AUGGCAGAACACAUGACAGUGAGAGAAAUAAGGAUGAGGAGGAGAGAAAUACUGCAAGAACAGUUGAGACUAGAGGAGGAGAAAAGAUUAAGAGAUUUGAAUAUGGAAAGAGAAAGACAAAGGAUAUACACUGAUGUGAAUAGAUUGCAGAGUCAAAGAGAACUGUUAUUAGUUCAAAGGAGGAAUCAGCAAAGACAUAUGGGAGUUAUACAUAGCUGUGACAUAACAAGGAAUGAAGCACCUGUGUUACAGGAUAGACAAGUCCAUACUUACGGCAGUGAUAAUGUUACUACAGGGAGGAAUAUAAAUGCUCCUGCUUCUCGUCAAUAUGCUGAAGGUGAAAACCUACCUACAACAGAACAAGAUAUUGAUGAAGGCAGUUACAUGGGCUAUGUAAAUACACAUGAAAGGUACCCGAGAGAACCUGAUAGUGAUAAUUUAAAUACAAGAAACGGUACAGCAAGUGAUAGAGCUGAAAUAGCAAAUAGGUCAAAUCCAACACAUGACAGAUCAAGCUUAGACUUAAGUUUAGAAACAGAAGUCCUAGAGGAAAGACUAAGAGACUUACGAGGAGAGUCAGAGACAAGAUAUCAUAGCCAAAUGCGUCAGAGUGCAUCAGUGACACAACCGAAAUAUCCCAUAGAAAGGAGAAUAACUGAAAAUGGACACAGUUAUAUGCCACAACAUGAAUCUUCAGAAAUUCACCAUACGUAUAAGCAAAUGCCUGAAGGGAUUCAUAAUGUAGACACUUACACAUUAGAUAAGAGGUCAGAAAGUAAGAGACAUUCGAUUGGACAAGGAUUAGUAGCUACACAUGAAAGGCAACAGGACAUAGAUGAUCUUGAAUUCUUAGAUAGAAAAAUGGAUGAGAUAACAUUACUACCAAUUGAAACAAAGGUUAGAGGAGAACUUGGAAGUAAUGUUAAAGAUGAAGAGACAAUACAAGAAAGUUAUAAAGAGAAUGUGAUUACAGAGUCAGUGAAUAGAGAAAUUACAGAGAUAGAAAGGCGAAAGGCUGAAUUGAGAGAUCUUAUUGAAAUAGAAGAUCGAAAGCACAAAGAGAUACUACAAGAAGAGAAGAAACGCAUGGUUGAAUUAGACAGACAAAGAAUGAUGUUGGAUGAAUUAGUAAAGAGAGAAAAUGUUAUGAGGGAAAGAGAAAGGAAGCUACAAGAAGAGGAAAGAAAUAUUGAUAUGAGAUAUGAAAGGCUUAGGAUAGCUGAAGAGCAAAAGAAGAGAGAGGAUGAAAAUAGUAAAGAGAUAGCAAGAAUAGAAAGUGAAUUGAGAAGGAGAAAUGAGGAAUUAACAAAACGAGAGGCACAUUUACGAAAGAAGGAGGAGUUAUGGUCCAGAUAUGAGAAAACUAGUAGUCAUGAGAGACCUGAAAAGGAAGUCAAGAAUGAAAAAGGGAACGAACCGAAACCAAAAGACGAAGUUACAUUAGAGGAAUGGAAGACAGAAAUUAGAUGUCUCUGUGCAACAAAGUUGUAUCAUGAAAAUAUCAUCGCACAAGCUGUACGGCAAUCGUUAAAAGGACAAGCCAGAAAAGUUCUCAUUAAUAUACCUCCAACAGCAACUCCUGAAGAAAUUAUCAGCAAGGUGGAAGACAUUUUUGGCGAUAUGUCUAGUAAACAGACAAUCUUUACCCAGUUUUAUACAGCAGAGCAACAACCUAACGAAAGUAUCGUUGAAUGGGGACUAAGACUGGAAGAAAUGCUACAGCUAAUAGAAGCUAAAAGGAGUCUGACUAUAGAUGAGAGAAAUGAAAUGCUAAGAGACAAGUUUUGGAGGUCCUUACUGAGCAAAGAGUUGAAAAAUGCAACUAGACAUGCAUUUGAGAGUGGUGAAAAGUUUGAAGUUCUUAGACGAAAAGCUAGAGCAGAAGAACAUGAGAUGAAGCUAGACAAAACAAACACAAAUACAACUAUGUCAAAGAAGGAAGAACAAUUGAAAGCAGAAGAUAAACACACAGAGAUGUUACAAAGUAUGAUGAAAAAGAUGGAGGCACUUGAUUCAAAAAUUGAGGAAUAUAGAAAAGAAAGUCAAAGAAGAGAUUCACGUUCUGACUACAGAUACAAUAGAGGAGAUAGACGAGAAUAUCAGCCAAGAGAUUACAAUAGAUAUGACGAUUCCAGGUACAACCGCAGUAGACAUUUUGAUAGUAGAAACCAUAGACCAACUGGGUACAACAAAGACAUCGACAAAAAGAAAGAGGAUAAGGAUGACACAAAGGACAAACGAAACAACAAAGCCGAAAACAAUAAAGAAAAGAAUUUAAACUAA